AAGCAAACAAAACCUCAAACUUCUUCCCUGAGAAAAUUACCCCUGAAAGACAGGGAGUAGAUGAAACAACAUUCAUGUCUGCUGCUCUAUAUUCAUUUUGGAGGCGAAAGAUACCUAAGCCAAGGGUGGAAGAGGGUCAAACCUGGGUUUUAGGAGCCUGGUAUGUAGGUACCAGCACUUCCAAGCUCCUUUAGUUUCCUGUCUUGCCAAAACAGGAAAAUAUCUCAACGGUUUAACUCCCCGCCAAACUCAAGUGCUUUCGAUUUCGGUUUUCCGAAACCCUUAUUUGGAUGUCUGUAAUCCCGGCUAUGCUUUCGGCUUGUAAAAACAGUCCGUUUCACGAGGAGCCAGACACAGGAGGACAGAGCAAGGGGAGAGCAAGCGCAGCUCUUCACGUUGCAGCGUCCGCGACACGUUACCCAGAAUCUGAAUCCAUCAUGAUGGCCCCCAUUUGUCUAGUGGAAAACCAGAAAGAGCAGCUGACAGUAAAUUCAAAGGCAUUACAGAUUCUCGACAAGAUUUCUCAGCCGGUGGUGGUGGUGGCCAUUGUAGGGAUAUACCGUACAGGAAAAUCCUAUCUCAUGAAUCGUCUUGCAGGAAAAAACCAUGGCUUCCCUCUGGGCUCCACCGUGCAGUCUGAAACCAAGGGCAUCUGGAUGUGGUGUGUGCCCCACCCUACCAAGCCAAACUACACCCUGAUCCUUCUGGACACUGAGGGCCUGGGCGAUGUGGAAAAGGGUAACCCUAAGAAUGACUCAUGGAUCUUUGCCCUGGCUGUGCUUCUAAGCAGCUGCUUUGUCUACAACAGCAUGAGCACCAUCAACCACCAGGCUCUGGAGCAGCUGCACUACGUGACUCAACUAACACAGCUAAUCAGGGCAAAAUCCUGCCCCAGGACUGAUGAAGUUGAGGACUCCAGCGAGUUUGUGAGUUUCUUUCCAGACUUUAUUUGGGCUGUUCGAGAUUUUACCCUGGAGCUGAAGUUAAAUGGACACCCCAUCACAGAAGAUGAGUACCUGGAGAAUGCCUUGAAGCUGAUUCCAGGCAAGAAUCCCAAGCUUCAAAAUUCUAACAUGCCUAGAGAGUGUAUCAGGCAUUUCUUUCCAAAACGGAAGUGCUUUGUCUUUGACCGGCCUACAAAUGACAAACAAUAUUUAAUUCAUAUGGACAAAUUGCCAGAAGAAAAUAUGGAAAGGCUUUUCCUGAGGCAAUCAGAAAACUUCUGUUCUUAUAUCUUCACCCAUGCAAAGCCCAAGACCCUGAGAGAGGGAAUCAUUGUCACUGGAAACCGGCUGGGGACUCUGGCAGUGACUUAUGUAGAUGCCAUCAACAGUGGAGGAGUGCCUUGUCUGGAGAAUGCAGUGACAACUCUGGCCCAGCGGGAGAACUCAGCAGCUGUGCAGAGGGCAGCCGACCACUACAGUCAGCAGAUGGCCCAGCGGGUGAGGUUCCCCACAGACACGCUCCAGGAGCUGCUGGAUGUGCACGCUGCCUGUGAGAGGGAAGCCAUUGCAGUCUUCAUGGAGCACUCCUUCAAGGAUGAAAACCAGGAAUUCCAGAGGAAGCUUGUGGACACCAUAGAGAAAAAGAAGGAAGACUUUGUGCUGCAGAAUGAAGAGGCAUCUGUCAAAUAUUGCCAGGCUGAGCUUAAGCGGCUUUCAGAGCACCUGACAGAAAGCAUUUUGAGAGGAAUUUUCUCUGUUCCUGGAGGGCACAAUCUCUACUUAGAAGAAAAGAAACAGGUUGAGCAGAACUAUAAGCUAGUGCCCUGCAAAGGAGUUAAGGCAGACAAGGUCCUCUGGGAUUUCCUGCAGUCACAGGUGGUUGUAGAGGAAUCCAUCCUGCAGUCAGACAGAGCCCUCACUGCUGGAGAGAAGGCCAUAGCAGCGGAGCGGUCCAUGAGGGAGGCAGCUGAAAAGGAACAGGAGUUGCUAAGACAAAAACAGAAGGAGCAGCAGCAAAUAAUGGAGGCUCAACAGAGAAGCUUCCAGGAAAAUAUAGCCCAACUGGAGAAGAAGAUGGAGAAGGAAAGGGAAAACCUCCUCCGAGAGCAUGAAAGGAUGCUGGAACACAAGCUGAAGGUACAAAAAGAAAUGCUUAUUGAAGGAUUUGAAAAGAAAUCUGAGGAGUUAAAUAAAGAGAUUAAUCGACUGAAAGAAGAGAUUGAAUCAGCCAAAAAUGAAGAACCCUCAGUGCUUUCAAGGAUCCUUGACACAGCUGGCAAUAUGAUGAUUCUAGCUCUACCUGGGGCUGCUAAGCUAUUUGGAGUAGGGAUGAAAUGUCUUGGUUCACAGGUUUAAGAGCCUGAAUAUUCCUGAGUCUCACUUUACCACCCAGGCUGGAAUACAGUGGCACAAACAUGGUGCAUUGCAGUCUCAAUCUCCCAGGCUCAAGCAGUUCUCUCAAAGGAAUAUUUCAAAGGAAUAUUCUAUAGUCACUAAAAUGAAAAAGGUCUAUUUAUACUAGUAUGAGAAAGUAUCCAAGAUAUAUCAUUAGAAAAAAAAAAAGAUGCAGAAAGUAUGCUACAGUUACUUUAGGAACUAAUGAAUAUGUGUGUACCUUCUUAGUUCCCUCUGAAAAAGUAAAAAAUAGACUAGUAUCCUGGUCAUACCAGGAAUGAACCUCAAUAGUUAAGGUGAGAAAUGAGAGGAUAACUCUACAUCAUAUAUGUCUUUAACAUUUUAUGUAAAUUCAUCAUGUAUUCAAACAUGGAUUAAUACAAUUAUAAAAAUUGAAAUAACAAUACAUGGAUGGGAGAGGUCCCACAACAGGAUGAAAGUAAUUAAUAUUACUAGAAAUAGCAUAAGUCUGCUCAACAGGAAACAUCUUCUCAUUGGAACAGAGAACUAGAAGCAAGACAAAGCAAGAAAAAUAUGAACUAGAACAAGACAAAGCAAGAAAAA